CCACGCAUACAUGCCUGUGAAAAUCGAACAAAGCAGAAAAUGUUGCGCCUCGGAACGGCUCGUGGAAAAAUCGUUUAAAAUAGUUACAAAGUGCAAGUAUCGGUAGUGAAAUCGCGCGAAACAGACAGCCAACGCUUCGCGGUAACCAGUGAUAGUAAAUUUCAGUGGUUUUAUGAAGUGAUUAGCAGUCCUGCUUCGACUGGCGAACGAACAACGGCUACAACGCAAACAGUCACAGGAACGCGAGUAGUAGAGGUAUAGGAGCAGAGGCUUGCUCGGAACAAAGAAACACACGCCUCAGUCAGUCGUCUGUCGUCGGCCAGCCCAAGUGGAAGUACCUAGCUAUAGGUAUUAGAAAAAAGACUAGAUAGAAACCGUCAACAACUAGGUAUACAACGCACAUUCGCCGCACACCGCCGCCCAGCAAAGGCAGAAGAACACCACGAACAGGGGAGGCCCAUUACCGCCCCACCCCCUUAUUCAGCUUGGUUUGAGUGUCGUGUAAUUCGUGAACUUUGUGCUAAUCAGGCAAACCACAAGAACAGUGUUCUUCGCGAUUCGUCAUCAGGGGAUCCAGUCGGACCUCGGAAAACGAGGGAUUCAGGGACCCAUCAUAGUUCAAGUCAUUCGCAAGUAAACGCGUAGAAAGUGUUUGUGUGCUUUGAUUGCGAAACAAUCUUGGUCAGUGUGGUGCGUCGAGUUUUUGAGUUUGAACGCAGAAAAUAAGCCGAAAAUAGGUUUCUUCGGUGGGGGUAGAUAGUUUUGAUUUUUUUACGUAAAGUUUCCAGCUGAGUGCGCGAUCAACAGGGAAAACUGGGUACAUGUUGAUCAGAGUUUUCCCCAUACCACAUAGAGAGGAUACUUCUAUUCUAGAGUUAUUUUUAAGCUCGUCGUAUGAUUCAGCAGUCGAGGAAGGAGCAAUGUUUUACCUCGUCGAAAAGAAGCCAAUAAUUGCACAUAUUGGUGUCGUUGGAGAUAGUGCAAAGUAGCGAAGGAAUAGCGCAUAUGAAAUCAAGUGCAGUGUGUUUAUCCGUUUCAACGAACACAAUCUCAACACGAAAAUCAGCAUUGGGCUUGGUUGGUGUUGUUUUUACAUCAUAUUCGUAUAUACAUACACCUUCCUACCGUCCACGCUUCCACACCGUGAAAAGAGCGAACCGUGGAAAGUUUCUUCAAUAAAAAGCGAAAAACAAAACAAGAGAAGUGAGCAGACGAGAAGCAAACCAGUCAAUCCCCAGCAAGCGGGCGAGCAAAAAAAUCGAACAGCUGAGAAACCUUGAAAUUCGUCGGGUUGGUCGGGUCCGGGUUGAGUCGGUGAACGAACGAGUAAAAAGAGAAGAAAAAAAGGUUAAGAAGCAAAGUAGUGAUAGGCGACCAAAGAAGAAACCUCCGGACUGGACAAACGGGAUAGCCAUAGCCAGCAACAUGCCGUGGUACGCUCCGUGGUCCAAUGUGAUCAAGAAGAAAGUGUGUCGCUUCCUGCUGCAGCGAUACCUCGGCCAGUUCAUCGAGGAGAAACUCAGCUUGGAUCAGCUGAAUGUGGACUUCUACAACGGCACCGGGACGGUGUACGACGUGACGCUGUACAGCCAGGCAUUAAAUGAUCUCUGCGAAGGACAGGGUUGGGGAAUCGAGGUAAUCUGCGGUCACAUCGGUGCAGUCACUGUCAACAUCCCGUACGAAGCCCCGCUAGCCAAGGACAGCUCCAUAGAAGUGACUAAUCUAUCCAUCAGUCUUCGUCCAAAGGCUCGAGUCACCGAUGGCACGUCAAUGUUCGAAUCGAUGUGGUCGUCGAUGUCCAGCUCAAUGCAGCUGGCACAGGAAUGCCUGGAACGGGAAAGUGGCUGCGCCGAGUCUCCUUCCGCCGCCUCCACCAACGCCAUCGAAGGAUUGGAGAAGUUUGCACAAAUCAUCGACAACGUGUUGAACCGGAUAAAGGCCCGCCUGGUCAAUACAGAAAUUCGCUUGGAAUACCUGCCACCAGAUAGCGACUGUGGAGUUGCUCUAAUAGUCAAAGUUAAGAGUAUCGAUUACCAAAAUGAAGCCGGAAACGAUCCACCCGAGCGUCAAUCGUCGGAUCCCGCCAAUGAAGACGGAACUAGCCAGCAGGAGCAACGGUCGAAGCAGAAAUCGUUCCUCAUUUCUACACACGCUACACACCACAUCAGUAUGGAAGGCAUCACAUUCUACACGGAGGAAUUCCGGAUACACAAUCCACGACAGCAGCAGCGACGACGACAACAACAACAGCAAAAACAGCAACAGCCGGAGUCCUCCGCCGAUAAUCGCGAUACGAGUGAGCAGUUCCUCAGCACGAUAUCGGAUUUACCGGAUCCAUCGGCGACCAGCAGUGGUGCCGAGUUCUACAGUUAUAUAAGCGCUUGUGAUAGUAGUAAUAGUCAUCAUAGUUAUAAACGAACCGACAGCAAGGGAAGUACCAGCGGUACCCCAUCCGAGGCGGAAGAAGACGAGGACGACGAUUACUCGGAAUGCUACCGGUCCGGUGAAAUCCUGGCAGGGAAGAUAACAUCGAAGCAGGAAAUCCGGAUCAAAAUGAAGCAAGCGGAUAAUUUGAGUGGCCCAAACGUUGAGCUGGAAAUGUCUUUGGGAUGCUUGCAACUGUUCCUAUCGCCUCGGCAGUUGCACUCCAUAGUACUACUGAGUGAUACCAUGCUCGGCUCAAACGAGAUACCAACGCCUUCCAAGUGUUCUCCGCCUGAUUUGAAACCGAAAGAGCAGCGAUACGAAGAAACGGAGUACGAUUUGAAGCACAAUAUAAAUCGCAUGAGUGGCGGAAUCGGUCUGAAUCAGGGCUGGUCGCUGGCAGAUCCGAUGCAGGCAAUGAUCCAAGAACAGGCCGAGUUCCUAGGGAGUAACUUCCGGGAAGAUGAAGGCGUCUCGGAAAUGAUAGAAUCGUCCAACAGUUCCAUGACAAGUUCGUUCACUUCUUCCAGCAUGGCUUCCCGGACGACGUCCGCCAGCAGGAGGCGGAUGAUUGAUCCGGAUGCAGAUGCUGACAUUUCCAAGUUUAAUGUGCGGGUCGCAGCAGUUGCUUUAGUGCUGUUACAUGAAGAUUUACUUGUGGAAAGUAGCCAAGUCAAUUCCAACGAGUCACCUUUAAGUGAAGCGAGCGUACAGAAGCUGCAAACCAAGUCGGACAAAUUCUUCCACUCAGUGGGUAAUCUGGGCUUAGGGCUUGGAGCAAACGACAUUCUAAAUGCGGGGCUUAUUAUGGAUUCUGGUUGUGAUAGCAGCCAUCUUCGGUUGCUUCUAGCGCCUAUCAUCAUAGAAGGCGAUGAACAACGGAACCGACUCGGGUCUGUAUUGCGAUUCUCGGUAUCCAUAGCCCGAGCUGAUCUCCGGGAAGUACUGACGGACGCUUCCGUUCCCUUGCUGGAAUUCUAUCGGGAGAAAAAUUCAACGACACUGCCAAAACGUCCCGAAGUAUCAGUUAGUUUCAAACAGACUUGCAAUGCUAUAAAAGGAUCCAGCGGAAAGCGAUUUACUCCCCCUCGGACGGAAAUCCGUUUUUCGCUUGCUCCGUUCUUAACCGAGUUCGACAUCACCAUCCUGGACCGGCUGAGUUCCCUAAUCUAUCAGUUCCCGUUCGCUUCCUAUUACUGUCAGUCUACGCCAGUGAAUUCUCCCGCAUCGCCAUCCCACGCGGGAUCCAGCCGAAAGCCGGAACCAAAAACCGAUAUCUACCUAGAAUCGCCUGCCAUCGACUUUCGGUUACGGUUCCCGAUUCCGGACCUGCGGCCCAUCCAUGAUCCGCAGCGAGUUCCCUGGUGGCGUCGCAACAUCAGGCCGGACUUCAUUCUGGUGAAGCUGCAGCAGGCCCGUGCUAGCAUAGCUAUGAACCCGCAUCCCCUCUACGACAUCUCGGCCAACGAGAUUCAACUUUUCUACCACGAGAGUGAUCAGAAGCGCGACGGUGUACAUAUAGGCAAAGCUGUGAUGACCGAUAAUCUAGUUAAUAAAUAUAGUCCUAGCCACGGCGAAGGCAAAAGCUACAAAAAGUCAGAUCCACCCCGAACAACCAGCGUGGAGUAUCCCAGAAUCGUGAUCGAAAUCCCUAGUGAAGCUGCCAUGCAAAAGCUGCAGGAAACAGCCUCGCAGUCGUCGGACCCGAACUUCCAAAAGCGAAACAUGGCCAGCGAAGAAAGCGAUAGCGAACCAACGUCGGGCGAGAGCUUCGAUGUGACAACGGGCCGCAGUAAAGAGGAUACCCCAUUCAGUGCUAAGCGAGUGUGCCGGGAAAGCGAUACACCGCACAUGAAGGCAUCGGCGGAUGAUCCGGAAACACUUACGCUGCCCGGCGAUGCCGAGGAGCUGGAUGCAUUCUGCACGGCUGCGAUGAAGCUCAGUAAACUGCAGAUACGAAUCGACUUUCCAGUCAUUAGUUUACAGCUGAAGUCAAAACACCUGUACGAAGUCAUUUACAAUCGCAUCAGCACGGACCUCCUACUGUGGGAACCGAGUGCCCCAGCGGCUACGGCAGCGGCAGAAGCAAGUGCCAAUCUGAGCGCCUCAAGAGUGGCGUUCCAGGAGCCCCAGAUCAACCUCGCUAGCAUGGGAAUGAUGGAUAGUAUCUACGUUCCGUUCACAAUGUGCCAAAGCGCUAUUCAGCUCGAUUCCAGCUCGUCGGCCACGAAUUCGGAGUCCGAGUCCGACUCGGAUGGAAUAUUCUACUCUGUGUAUGAUCGUAGCAGCAGACGGUUAGCGGGUGAUGCAGCAGGAAGUGGGGGAGAUCAGCGAAAGCAACACCACUCGGCACAUCACCACGGUGGCAACCGAAGACAUCAGCAACAGCAUCGUAAAGCAUCAUUCGUCGACAGGAGCAAUGCCAUAUCGUUCCAGCUGAACAUUGGACAAGGCAUGCUGACCAUGUUCGCGCCAGUGCGGGAUGCCCAAAAUCACGUAAUACCGGGUCAGCUAGGCGAGUUCAUCAUGAAGAUUCAGUCAACUUAUGUUUUCUCUGUGAGCGGCUUCCACGGGAACUCAAACCUUGGAUACCUCUGUAUACAAGGGAAAGCGGCUGAUAUCUAUCAUUGCGGCUUGAUCCCAACUCCGGCGAACAAUCCACCACUUCGCCUAGUAAACAGUGUACUCCCAGCGUAUAUUCUCAGCACCCUUUAUCCCACUCCGAGAAACCUUACCGUCAACGAUCAACGCGGCUGCCCCAAUCGGGAAAUGUUCUCCCUAGCCAUCCAGAUCAAAGCCCUACCCGAGCAAAGCAUCAAACGGAUUCGCAUGACCGCUGGCAUUCAGUUGACCACCCUGCGGCACCAUUCGACGCUUCCGCAGCAUUCGUGGCUGACGCAACUGAUCGACAUGUUCGAUGUGGUUGACUACCCGGUGCAGGGAUACACGCCCCUCGGAGUGGUCACCGAAAUGCAUUUGCAUCUGUGGGACUGUGCCAUCGAUUACCGGCCGCUGUACUUCCCGUACCGAGCGGUGAUCACCAUUGGAUCGUUCAUGAUCAGCAGCAACAUCACGACGGAGAGCUCCGGGCUGACUUUGAGGUUUAUUGCUGAAGAUGCCACCUUGUGCUUGGCGCCCCAGGUCGUUGCAAUGCCGAACGUUGGGGGCAGCGGUAAAGACAUGCCGCAAAGGAAAAGCAGUACCAGUGGAGGCUCACGGGAAGACAAUAAGAUCACAGUUUUACCUGCCGGUGAGCUGAUUUGUUUGGUCGAAGUAGGAUUGUUUGAGAUUUCGCUUCGGCUGAACGAAAAAGCCACCGGAUCUUUCCCCAAAUUUGACCUGAGAACUGCCAUGAAUGAUGUUCACGUGAGAACAUGUGCCGAUUCCGGAAGGGCACUGGCCCAGCUGAUCGGGUACCUAGCGGCUGAAGGGGAUCUGUUACCGCAGGAUGAAGGAGAAAGCGAGGUGGGAGAUAACGAAAGUUUAUGCGGUUUACCGAUGGGAAACGAACAAGAGGCGGAUUUGGUUCCGGUGAAACAACCUCAAGCGCCGGAAGUCACUCCCAAACAGCAGCAACGGGUGAAUUCUUUAAUGGCCGAAGCGAUGGAGGAAAGCAUGUCUUUUCAGAGCAAUAGUAGUGAUCUCUCACGGGAUGACCAGUUGGUGGCGGAUGGCGAUGGAGUUGAGGUAUUUUUCUUCCCGGAUGAAGAUCAAACGCGAGCAGCAGCUCAGAAGAAAUUAACAAACAAUCUGAUUUCCGACAAUAGCAAUAAACGUCGUUUUGCAUCGGAUGACGAUUCUCUGAGUAUAGACGAAGGAUCAAGUAUUCCUUCAUCAUAUCAGGACGAUGAUCACUAUCUCAAACAGAGGCAGUUCGAUGAACAAUCUGAGGACAACGUGAGCUACAAUACAGAUGUGCGAGAACUUCUCAACUUCGAAACGUCAGUCAUGGGACUACAUAAGGAACAUGAUGACGAUGAAGCAGUAGAGGCACUUCCGCAAGUCACAAUGGACCUUGGAGAUGUGUCGAAGCUGACACACAAAUUGGAAAAGAGUCCGCAGCGAAAAGUAAGUUCUGAUACGGAUGACGAGUUUUGCUUCAUCGCUGACGAAGAGAAGCCCCAUUGCGGAAAUCAGGAAGUACCGGUACUGGAAGACCCAAUCCGGAUAAUCGACAAUCAUUUCAGUGUACCCACUGGUAAACCCGAUCUGCUAUUGGCACCCAAAGGAUUUCCUAUGGCUGUGACUCGAUAUACCAUUUGCGAGAUGACAGUCACUUGGCAUUUGUACGGAGGCCACGAUUUCACCACCGAAGAAGAUAAAAAGAAAUCAAAAGCGAAAAAAUCGCACUCAGAACAUAGUUUUGCCCAUUUACCUAUGUCGGAAGCGUACAAGAGCGGCGUCAGCUAUUCCAAGGGUUCACCUUCAGUGACAUUCGGUCCUACUCCGGCUCAGAAGCUUACGUGGAAAACCCGCGGUGGACCCGAGCGCAGACAUGACGUAAUGAUGGAAAUUCAAAUCAGUAAGGUUAAGUUCUCGCAUGAGGUGUACCCACCAAACACGGAGCAGGCCUCUCGGCAGGUACUCCUUAUAACGGAACUCGAAAUUCUCGAUCGACUGGCCAUAUCGGACAUCAAGAAGUUUCUCUACCAAUCAAGUCUGCAUCGACCCAACAAAGGCAAUAAUCACAUGAUAGUCAUCAAAGCUCUCCAUCUUCGACCAAACCCUAUUCUUCCGGCGCAAGAGUGCUGCCUGAGGAUAUCUGUGCUACCUAUUCGGCUGAACAUCGACCAAGAUUCCCUACUCUUCAUGGUCAACUUUUUCAAUCAGCUUGGCGGAGGAGACGAUUUGAACGAUUCGGCAACGCAGUAUCAACACGCCGCUCAUCGACCCAGUCAAACUACCCCAUCCCAUCAACCGCCGGUAAUGAUGGUCGAACUACCGGAAGCAGCCCAGGAACUUCAAGCUCGCAAGAUGGUUUCCGAGAAUCUGAUGCUUCUGAUCGAUGAAGAGGAAAAGAACAAAGACCAUCAGGAAACAACCAGCGAAAUGGGCGAUGAAGCACCUCCUAUCUACUUCCGAAACGUCAUCUUCGGUCCGGAUGUUCCCAUUCGGAUCGACUAUCACGGCAAACGGGUGGAGCUAUCACGAGGCCCCCUGGCCGGACUGCUGAUGGGUCUUGGCCAGCUACAGUGCUCGGAGAUUCGACUGAAGAAAAUCUCCUACCGGCACGGUUUGCUGGGUGUGGAUCGGCUGAUUUCGUUCCUCCUGCAGGAGUGGCUCCAGGACAUCAAAAAGAAGCAGCUACCGAAAAUUCUCGGAGGCGUUGGACCGAUGUAUUCACUUGUUCAGCUGUUCCAAGGAAUUUGGGACCUGUUUUGGUUACCCAUUGAGCAAUAUCAAAAGGAUGGUCGCAUCGUUCGGGGGCUGCAACGGGGGGCCCAGAGCUUCACCGCUCGGACUGCGUUGGCCGCACUCGAGAUCACCACUAGGAUCAUUCAUCUUCUACAGAUAACAGCCGAAACAGCGUAUGAUAUGGUUUCACCCGGACCAUCGGUGCGGCGGGGCCGUGGCAAUAAGAAGGGUAAACGGAAACGGCUGCACCCACCGCAGGAUAUCCGUGAAGGGAUGACCAAUGCCAUACAGAUCGUUCGCGAGGGUAUCAGCGAAACCGCUCACAACCUGGUGGAGCUCACGGCGCUCGAACAUGACCAAAAGGGCUACACCGGUGCUGUCGGGGCGGUCAUGCGUCAAAUUCCACCCAUCGUGGUGCAACCGAUCGUGCUGGCCACGCAGGCCACCAGCAACGUUCUCGGUGGUGUCAAAAACCAACUGGUACCCGAUGCCCGGGCCGAAGCCCGCGAAAAGUACAAGGACGAUGUGGAAUAGGUAGGUAGGUUCUUCUCCAUAGGUCUGAAUGUUUUGUUUUACGUAAAUUUGACAAUUUACACCUUAGAUUCUUGGUGAUCUAAUCGAAAGCCCACUGUUUUAAAGCGAUAAUUUCCAUGUUUCGAAAUUUUUUUUCUCAACAUUUUUAAUAUUAAGUUGCUUUAGUUUAAGUCGAUUUAGGGCAUAAUUAUCCGUUUUUUUUGUGAAAUUAAAAACAUAAUGUGAUAAACAGUAAUAUAAACAAUAUGCUAGAGCAGCUAUUUUGCGUACCGGGAAGUCUACGCAGUCUGUGACAGUAGUCGCUGAAGUUCAAUAAAAACAUUUUUAGGAAGCUGUUUUUCAACAGAUUGAAGGAGUUUGUCAUCGAAAACAAAAAUAGCACCAACUAACAACUAGUACUUUGAUAUGAUAGAUAAUAUUUCUCUCUACUAGCGUAUAUUUCGGCUUGAGAACUUUCAAUCUGAUAAUGCUUCUAAAAGAGCUUCAACUCUUUUUGUCUUCUAGAUUACUGUAUCGAGAACUAUUGAAGCGAUUCCAUGGGAAAAGGUAACUUAUCUCAGAACUUCGUAAUAUGUAUUUGGUAUUUUUGUUCCUCAUCGAAAAUAAGUUCUGGGAAAUCGCAUAACCUUUUACCGUGGAAUCGUUGUUUUUCUAUACAUCAUAGAUCUUACUAAAUAUAUCCUCUCAUAAAUUAAAAACUUAUUUGAACGAAUCGACCAUGAUAGAAAGUGAAAAGUUUUCCCGAGUGUGCCGGAAUGAAUGGAGAUGUGUUACUUCUGACAGUCAUUUAUUGAAGAACAUACAUCAUUUGGAGGUUGAGUGAACCCACGUGCUAGAAAAUAAUUUAAAACUAACGAGAGAGCAAUGAUUGCGAGUGAACGUAGAGAUAAUCGAAAGGAUUCGUCUAACUUAAAACCUUUAUUAUUAGAUACAACUACUACUAUUUAGUCCGUAUCGAUAAAGAGUCGAGAAAUGAAAGAAGGAAAAUAAAUACACCGCCGAAGCCUGCAGACUUGACGAGUUCUAAUAAUAAA